AUAACUCAGAGCGACGUGUUUAUAUGCGUCGGGUUUUAAAACCCGCAUCACCGGAUGUAAAAUCUAUUUUUAACCUGGCAUAUUAUCCGCUGCUGUGUGCACCCGCCAAUAAGUUUAAAAUGGAUUCCGAACCGGUAGUGGACAUGCGUUGGGGUGUCCUAGACGAGGCCACUGAUGAACAACUGGGUACGGAACUCUGUCUCAAGGAACUCGGGCUGUGUCAGCAGCUCUCCACCGAGCCCAGCUUCUUGUCGCUUCUGUCCCACAAGUUCGGCUACAUCGCGUUCCCUCGUGUGAUCGCGGUAGAUGAGUUCGAGCCUCUCAUGACGCAAGUCGAGGAACCGGAGACCGUCCGGCUCUUCCACAAGAAAUACGGUUGGAACAGCCCAAAGCCUCUGAGCUUUUUCUCCAUUCCAAGCCUAGCCAUAACACUUGGCCGGUGAACAAAACAACUGUCAUCAAAAUGCUUCAAGCACAAUUUAGAAGUCUUACUCGGUUUGAAAUGAACCGCUUUUUCAUCAAUUUCCCUCCUUGACUGCCUGAAUACAUUUCUAACGAGUAACAUCGUCCCUCGGAAAGGUAAAAAAUCGCGUGUUUCCCUUGUCCGGACGUUCCUUGCACCCGAAUGCACACACUAAAUCCAUGAUAGUAACGAUUGUCAAGCAAAACAAACAGUUGUAACACACGCUUUCCAUAAAACUUAAUAAAAAACUAUAAUAAAAUAACACGAUAUUUAUAUGAAAAGUUGACGUUACGCGCAAAAUGUUCAAGCUCCAAAGCGUCAUAAAAAUGGACGAGUUUCCGUUUCAUGUGCGUUGGGAAGAGUCUACGUCAAUCCCAAAAAUAGGUUGCGGAAAUACCCGAGCGAAUUACGGAAAUUGCCGAUCAAGACAAUCAUAUGCUGUUAGUAACACAUUUUUUGAAGAUUUUAAUAGUUUUAGGUCAUAUUUAUUUAACAAAUAGCAUUUUUCGUUAUAAUCAUGACCUUUCUCCUUUAAGAAAAUAUAUUCUAUAAAAAUGUUUGUCUUAGCGUA